ACACACACACACACACACACACACACACACACACACACACACACACACACACACACACAUACGGAUAAUAAGGCAAAAGCGACACACAGACCUCAUUCACACCGGGGGCUCCAAAGAGGGAGCCACAUUGACUUUGACGAGGAACAGAGACUCUCAUCUUGUUUUGUCAGGAAGUUUAAUCCUUUUUGGCUGAAUUCCACACACACUUUCUCACACACUGAGACACAAAGCUCUGUCAUGCUGCUGAGACAAGGUCAGAGCAUUUAGGAUCCUUCAAUUCCUUGAGAGCGCGUCCGGGACUACUUCAUCUCCUUCCUUUUCUCAAACGUUUGAUUAAAUGAGCCCAACUGUGGAUGUCAAACAGAGUCUGGACAUGCGGUGAUUAUCCCCACUGGAUAUCAGGAAAUCUGGAUUUGUUUAGAUUCACUGGAUCUGACUCGAAGGAGUCGUUUUUGGGGACAGUGGGUUAGCCACGCUGGUAAUGGAGGUGAUAAAGCUCCAUACUCACUGCCCCACUCAGGUAUGAGCCGCAGCCAGGAACCUUACUGGGGCUCCAUCAACAGGGGUACGGCGGACUGGUUUGGUGUGAGCAAGGACAACGACAGCAGCCAGCGAUGGAGGAGGAGGAGCCUGCAGCACUGCGGCCAUCUCUAUGGGGGUCUAAAGGCUCAGGUGAUGAGGGGCAUGGAGCUACCCAGCCAGGACAACCUCUCCCUGACCAGCACUGAGACUCCCCCUCCCCUCUGUCUCCCACCCCUCCACCCUAGUCACCAUCACUAUGGCAUGCGGAGGGUUGUAGACCCCCUGGCUCGGGGUCGAGCUUUCCGCACGGGGGAAGAGAUUGAUGGCAUCGGCGUGCUGCCAACUCUCCCCAACGCCUGCGCGGCCUCCCUUUGCUCAUUUUCCAGCUCGCGUUCGGCCAUCAGCAGGUUGCCACGGCGACGCAAACGGGAGUCAGUUGCCGCCAUGAGCCUCAAAGCUGCCUCGGCAUUGAUGAAGGGGCGUGCAGUCGGUGAAACCGUGACAGGACGAUAUCGGAGGCGGAGUUUCCUGCACCCCAGUUUUUUUGAAGAUGACACAGUGGACUUCCCUGAUGAUUUGGACACAUCUUUUUUCACUGGAGAGGGUCUGCCAGAUGAGCUCUCCAGCUAUGCAGAUGAAGUUUUUGAGACGGCAUCAGAGGCCGCGCGCCAUCAUCUUGAUGACGGCGAUCUCACUGGAAGUGCGCUUGAUAGGAACGAACUGGAGAGGAGUCACCUGAUGUUGCCGUUAGAACGAGGAUGGCGCAAAGCUAAAGACGGCUCACUCGUCCAACCCAAAGUGCAAGUGAACCAAGAAAUGAUGAGUCAGCAGCGUGGGCAAAGGAUCACAGUGCCCGUCAAGAAGCUGUUCGCCCGAGAGAAGAGGCCUUACGGGCUCGGCAUGGUCGGCCGUCUCACCAACCGAACGUACCGAAAGCGCAUUGAUAGCUUUGUCAAGAGACAGAUUGAAGACAUGGACGACCACAGGCCGUUCUUCAGCUACUGGAUCACUUUUGUCCAUUUACUGAUAACCAUCCUGGCUGUCAUUAUCCACGGCAUCGCUCCUGUGGGCUUCUCACAACAUGAGACUGUGGAUUCGGUGUUAAUGAACAAGGGUGUAUAUGAAAAUGUGAAAUUUGUACAACAACAGAAUUUCUGGAUUGGUCCAAGCUCGGAGGCGCUAAUCCAUCUGGGAGCCAAAUUUUCCCCUUGCAUGCGUCAGGAUCAAGAGAUCCACAAACUGGUGCAAGACAAGAUGGUCAAAGAAAGAGAGUCGGGCUGCUGCGUGAGGAAUGAUCGCUCGGGAUGUUUGCAGACUUUGCAAGAAGAGUGUUCGACCACAUUGGCAUUAUGGGUAAAGUGGCCUCAGCAUCCCAGUGCUCCUUACUUGAACGGUAAAUUACGUCAAUAUGGCGCAGUUUGCCAUCAGGAUCCCAGGAUUUGCCAGGAACCUGCCUCUGUCUCGCCUCACGAAUGGCCUGAAGACAUUACCAAGUGGCCAGUGAGUAUGGAGAAUCUAGUGGUUUGCACGCGAUACAGUUUUGUGAACCACACCAAUCUUCCUCACAUCGAUUGCACCAUCACGGGCCGGCCCUGCUGCAUUGGAACCAAAGGCCGAUGUGAAAUCACUUCCAGAGAGUACUGUGACUUCAUGCACGGCUACUUCCAUGAAGAAGCCACUCUCUGCUCACAGGUGGCGUGCAUGGAUGACGUGUGCGGCCUCCUGCCUUUCCUCAACCCCGAAGUCCCAGACCAGUUUUCCCGACUGUGGCUGUCCCUCUUCCUUCAUGCUGGGAUUCUUCACUGCCUGGUGUCAGUGUUGUUCCAAAUGACAGUUCUUCGAGAUCUGGAAAAGCUAGCCGGCUGGCUGCGGAUCUCCAUCAUCUACAUGCUUAGUGGCAUCACAGGCAACUUGGCUUCUGCUAUUUUUCUGCCUUACAGAGCGGAGGUGGGUCCUGCUGGCAGCCAGUUUGGCAUCCUGGCGUGUCUCUUUGUGGAGCUCUUUCAGACCUGGCAGAUCCUGGAGAGGCCGUGGCGGGCGUUUGGAAAGCUGAUUGCCAUCUCUGUAUUCUUCUUCUCCUUCGGAUUGCUACCUUGGAUCGACAACUUUGCCCAUGUCUGUGGUUUUGUCUCAGGAUUCUUCUUAUCCUUUGCCUUCUUGCCGUAUAUCAGUUUUGGACGCUCAGACAUGUACCGCAAGAGGGUCCAGAUUUGUGUGUUCCUUCUGGUUUUUGCAGCUUUGCUCUCUUCAUUGGCAGUCUUCUUCUAUGUUUACCCCGUGAAGUGCGACUGGUGCGAGUACCUCACCUGCAUCCCAAUCACGGACAAGUUUUGCGAGAAAUAUGACUUAAACGCAAAACUCCUUUGACCCACGUCGGGUUGCAUUGCAGCAUUUUGACAUGAAGAGAUUCUGCUGCAGAAUAAGACUUUUUUUUCAGUUUUCAUUUGCUUGUCAGCAACAGUUUGAACCAUUCUGAUCCAAAAAUAGCAAACAAAUGCAAUUUUGAAGAUGUAUAUGAACAUAGUAAAUAUUGACUUUUUUGCACUUAUUUUUCCAAUAAAAAAAUAUAUUUCAGUAUA